AUGUUUCCCUAUUUCGAGCAAUUGUUUGAGGUGACGAUGGUGUUAGUCGCCAUUGUCAGCAGUAUCUCCCUGUUUUUCUGUGUGAAAAUGGUAAUUACCUUCGGGAAUGAUUAUGUGGAGGUAUCAGGGCAAGACACAGAACCGGACGAUUCAAAUGUUGAAGAUUUGACGGUCCCAGGGGAAGGAGGCCUGGAAUGUGAGGCUUGUCGACGACAUCGAAGGAACCAACGACGUGGAAAGGUUAGAAGGAGCCAAUAUUUGCAUCCAAACCAUGUUACCAUCACCGUACCAUGCGAGACUUGUAAUUGUGUUCAUGUAUUUGUUGAGCAACGAGAUAUUCCGGCUUUGACCCGAUCGAGCCUUCCA